AUGAAGCGUCUUUUCAUGAAGAUGGCACCGAAAGCAAAGAAGGAAGCCCCUGACUCACCCAAAGCCGAAGCCAAAGCAAAGGCUUUGAAGCCAAAGAAAGCAGAGCUGAAAGGCGUCCAAGGCCACACAAAAAAAGAAGAUCACCGUGAAGAAGAGAGAAGACAACAUACAUUUGUGUUCAUUGUGGAUGUCAAGGCCAGCAAGCACCAGAUCAAACAGGCUGUGAAGAAGCUCUGUGACAUUGAUGUGGCCACGGUCAGCACCCUGAUCAGGCCUGAUGGAGAGAAGAAGGCAUAUGUUCCCCUGGCUCCCAACUAUGAUGAUUUGGAUGUUGCUAACGAAAUUGGGAUCAUUUAA